GACAGUCUCAUGCGUUGUGUCGAGUGGAGUAGAAGCAGACAUCCCUAUUGCCCAUUCGGAGCAGCUUGCUUCUGUUCCUCGUUCAUCAUCAAAUGACGUUAUUGAGCCGAACGAUGAGACGUAAUCAUAUCUCGGCGAGGAUUCACCGGAACGGUUUGGACAGAGAGUGCACAAUGCAUUGAAUUAACUAAAUGGGUCCUCUCGACUUCUAUGAACGUACCAGGGGUACCAGAGAAGACAGAGGAACAAACGGACGAACCUUGUUUUAUAAAUUAAGAACAUUUCAUGAAACGCAUGCAACAAAAUAAAAUCAAAGCAAAAGAAUAAUUUUGCCAAAGUGAAACAACCCCAAUCAGCACGAGCGGAUACAAAUGGCUUCCUAUUUCACCGGAUCAGUGUUCAGUGUUGCUUUUCCUGAAGGAGAACCACUCAAGUGGACCCUUAUUCAACAACUCGAAGGAAAAAAACUCCUUAAAAUUCCCCUUGGGAACCGUGAACUAAAAGCAUUCCGUCCAGACUUUCCGCACAAAUCUUUAGCGUCUGCCAUCCCGAUGGCGUCUUCCGCCAUCGUCUACAUCUCCCUCUUUUCCUUGGCGUUGCUGCCAACGGGCCAUUUGGAAGUGGAUUGCUCUAGUGCAGCCACUAGCGACGAGAUAUCAUCAGCUCUGAAAAACGCAUCCUGGCCCUCCACUCAACUCCACCAAUUCCUUCUGCAAAAUAACACGGAGGUUGACGAGCUUUCUGAGGGGGUCUUCGCAGACCUCUCCUUCAAUUAUAUUUACGUGAACAACACCGCACUGAAGGCGAUUCAUCCGUCGGUCAUCCUCACAUCCAGAAACCGACUUCAAAGACUGAGCGUUUAUCACAGUCACCUACUGGACUUUCCUUUUCAUAUUCUCCCGACACUUUGGCGCCUCCGAACACUCGAACUCCAGAGGAAUUCCUUGAUGACAAUACCGGCUAUUCAGAGCGACAGUCUCCAUAAGCUGGAUCUCUCUCGCAAUAGCAUUGCGAAAAUAGAAGAAGACGGAUGGGCGACUCCCAAUUUACGAGUGCUAAGCAUCAAUCACAAUCCACUAUCGAAGUUCCCGUCAGCAGUGAUCAAAGGUCUUGCGAAGUUGGAGAUAUUUUGGUGCACAGAAUGCAAUCUGGGACCUACCCUUCCAAGCGGGCUGUUACAGUUUCGCAGCAAGGACUUGAAGCUCGUAUCUCUGUGGAAAAACAACAUCUCAAAGCUGGAGCCAAAUGCCAUCACAGGUCUAGGACCAAAUUCAUCAGUUGCCCUUAGUAACAAUAACAUCUCUGUAUUGGCUGAGGAAAGCUUCCGUCCCAUACUAGAGGUGCUUUCGUUGGGAGAUGGGGGCCUCCACUUGGAGGACUCUUUUCUUAACCUUUACUUCCAGCCAACCCCAUUCAGUGUGAUUGUGAAGCAUCCUGGCUCAAAGAAGAAUUCCUAA